AUGCUUAUCUCAGGAUCUAAGAGGACGCUCAUAUACGACGAUCUCCCACCACUGAAGCAGAAAUAUAGAUCAAUUAAUCUGCUCAGAAAGUGGAAAAUCGGAUGUCGAACCAGGAUCAUUCCAAAACUUUUGGUAAGGUAUCGCUGGUCCGUGUUUGGAGCCGUAGUCACGAAAUUGGCUGCUGAAAUGUUCGAUUUCGUGAAUCCAAUUUUGCUAAAUUCAUACUGCCAUAAUUUGAACCAUACCAGAUCAAAAGUGGAUAUAUUCGGGAUCCACAACUAUCUUGUUGGGAGGGAUGCUUCCACGGCACUUGCACUGAUUAUCAACUCUAUCUUGAAAAAGAGUCUACGUCUUGCGAGCUGGUCUCGAGCGAAAUGGCCCACUGGUCGAGUAGUCAAUCUGGUUACAGUGGAUGCGGAAGCGCUUGCAGCAGCAGCACCCUUUUCUCAUCAUAUGUGGGCGGCUGUACUGGAGAUUGCCAUCGCUUUAUCUCUGAUCUACAUAACAAUCGGGCCACCGGUGCUUGGUGCUGUCAUUGUCAUGUUUCUCUACGUUCCGUUCAAUUACUGCUUUUCACUUAUAAUCAAAUCUUAUCAGGCCAAACAAAUGCAGAUGAAGGACAACCGCGUUAAGUUCACGAAAGAGGUUCUAUAUGGUAUCAUUGUCGUGAAGAUGUACGCAUGGGAGGAAGCGUUCGAGAAGAAAAUAUGUCAUUUACGAAAGGAGGAGGUGAAACUGUUGAAAAAGGCAAUGCUCCUCACACGAGUACUCCAAGCAAUAAAUGCAGCAGCUCCUUUUCUGGUAUGUAUUACUCUUUAG